AUGAGACCAGGGAGAGCAAGAGCACUUAGACAAUUCACUUUGAGUACAGGAAAGUCUGCUGGUAGGAAUUCCUCAGGGCGUAUUACGGUUUUUCACCGAGGGGGUGGCUCGAAGCGAUUGCUGCGAAGAAUUGAUCUGAAACGAAGCACUUCCUCUAUGGGCAUUGUAGAGAGUAUAGAAUAUGACCCUAAUCGUUCUUCUCAGAUCGCUCCAGUACGAUGGAUCAAGGGGGGCUGCCAGAAAAAAAUGAACACGAUCGAGGAGUUAGCUCCGCCGCGCAAGAUCCUCGAACCUACCACGAACACCAUCAGCGGCCUCUUUUCGUUCUCUUUCCUGCCCGGGAAGGUGGAUCAAAGAAAGGUAGCUUGCUUCUCUCCUGGACUGAUGGCCGCUUAUGUAGUGGUCGGCCUUCCUACCGGAAUGCCUCCUUUGUCUUCGUAUAAGAGCGCCUUUGCUAGUAAGGGCGCAGGAAGCACAAAAACUUUAGUGAAGGACGUCUUCUUCUCUGCCUUCUCCUCUCCAAAGGCCAAGAGAGAGACUGCAUCCCUUGCCUUCGCUAGCUCUUUUGGUUUCCCAAGGAUAGCGGUAGCUGGGGUUCCUACCGCUUUCUUCGCUCCGCGAAUGAGACAGAAAGUGAGAGGAAAAAGCACGUUCUCUCUUUGCGAGGUCCGAAAGUGGAGAACGCAUAGCAUUCUCUGGGCACAUAGGAUCAAAGGUAAAGCAGGGCUUUCUUGGCAGAGUUUUAGGCGGCAAGAUACUUUAGGGCUUGUUGGAGCUGCUGGGCAUAACAAAUCGAAGCCGAAGACGGAUCAAGGUAGCUUGCCUGCCAAGCCGAUAGGCGAAAGGGCGAAGCAACUCAAAGCUCUCCGGGGUUUGAGGGCGAAGGAUGGAGCGUGCAAAGUCGAUCGUGCACCUGUCACUUAUAUAAUAGCCAGUCAUCAAUUAGAAGCAGGCAAAAUGGUGAUGAAUUGCGAUUGGUCCAAACCUUCGACCAGCUCCUUCUCGCAAUCCGCCCAGAAUGACCAUCCUAAGCCCUUAUUCACUGUGUGA